AUUUCUUUCAUACGUUUCCGAAAUCAUGAAAUUUUAGGCCGUACAAAUUUUCAGUUUAGUUUUUGGACUUUACCAUAUAUCUUCAUCAUGAUAUAUUAGAUCGAAAUUCAAGAUUUUUCGUUAGCAAAGUUAAUGCGGAUAUUUUGUUGAGAUAUCCGCUGUCAAAAACUGAGAGCAUUUAGAAGCAAUCAUUUCUAUUACAGAGCUUGCAUCACAGAAAUUGUACCAUGCUGAUUAUACCACUUGUGCUUCAUUUGAUCUACAUAGGCUCGGCUGUUGCUUCAAUUUUUCUAACAGGUGAUGCUGAGAAUUCUCUCUGGUUAUUGGGAGGAUGUGUAUGUUGUCUUGUACAUGGAUUCUUCUUUGCCUUACGAGACUUAGUCGAUAAUGAAGAUGACGAAAUGUUGAAAGUGGAAAAAGUUUCUCAAGGUAUUGUAGAGAUUGUGCCCUUAGGAUGCGUGAAUGUGUUCUUUUUCUUGCAAACUGAAACAGUUAAGGAUUUUGCAUUCGCUCAUUUGUUUGCUGCAACAGUAGUGGUGUACAACACUGUUGCUAUCUAUGGUCAAGACGAACGAAAUGGCACCACAGAAUAUCUUAAGUCCCUAACAAUUGCGAUUUUCUGUAUUUCGUUGAUGAUAUGCGGAUUUUUCGCUAACAAAUUGUUUGUUAUGGUAAUUGGCUUAGUUGCACUUUUAAUAAAAGAUGGAGCAAUACUUUUAGAUGCUCUUUGUAUACCUGGCACGGAAUUUGUAAUAUACAUAGGUGAGUCUGCACUAUUAGCCUUUACAGGCGCUGUUGCAGGUGGUUAUCUAGACGAUUUCGAAGUGGACAUACAAAAACUAGUCGGAUAUGGCGGCGGCGGCGAGAAAAAGGACGAAGGAGGUGAUGGUGGCGGUGCUUAGACAUUCAAUACUUGAAAAUACUCGCACUUAAGAAAUUGGAUGGAAUGCGAUUCACUAGCAAGGGUUUAUAAUGUUAAAAUAUCCAUAAUUUCGCAAAUCAGUAAAAAUAAACUUAAUAAACACUACAAAAUAAUAACUUCCAAGAUCAUUUCAAGAAUUUAAAAUUUCUGAUUGAUGAAGGAGAAAUGUGUCAUCUUUAGGCUAUUUACAAGCAAGGAAUAUGCUACCGAAACGUAAUAAUUUUGUCGUGCAAAGAAAGAUUCUUAUAUAUCAAAAUGGGUUUACAAAAUGGAAUAUUUUUACAUAAAUGAAAUAAAUUUAUUUAUUUAUUUAUGAACUUGCAGAAUAACAGAUAAAAAGUAAGUCUUGCCAUUUAAAUGAAUUCCGGUCGUAUUACUUAUGUACAUGAUAUACUAAUUGAAACCAGAUCUUACUAUUCAAGAAAAAUACAUAUAUUAACGAAGCAGGAAUUUAUUGUUAUGGAAAUUAUAACUUCAUAUUCGAGGGUUACUUGCAGUAAUAAAUGAGUACAAAAUAAUAAAAAA